AAAAAUAAAACAUAGCGUAUUAUCAUCUAUAUUUAGCUCAAUAGCCGUUUUAUUUCCGCUUUACUGGCCGCUACAACAUUCUGGGCGUUUCCAUGGUGACAUCACGGGGCUGACUGACACGUACUGUUUUGCCAACAAAAAAUAACAGUGAAGCUAAAGCAGGAAGAACAAAGCUAGGCCACCACCUCAGAGCAGAGGAGAGGCGAAUGAGGAGACAUUGUCAGAUCUUACGAUCUCAGUAACCGUUUUCACCAUGAACGUGUUUGACCGCAACAUUAACUUUGACGCCCUCUUGAAGUUCUCCCAAAUAUCUCAUUCCACCCAGGUGCACUUGAAGAAUGUGUACUCCAGUUUGGCAGUGUGCAUGUUUGUGGCCGCAGCUGGAUCUUACGUCCAUGUUGUCACACGCCUCUUUCAGGGUGGUGUGCUGUCUGUGCUCGGCUCACUGGGGAUGAUGUUUUGGCUUGCUAUGACCCCUCAUAAUCCUGAGACGGAGAAAAAGAGACUGGCUAUUCUCGCAGGAUUUGCCUUCCUUACAGGUGUUGGCCUUGGUCCUACACUGGACUUUAUCAUCGCUGUCAACCCAAGCAUCAUUGUGACGGCUUUCAUGGGUACCUCUAUGAUCUUCAUUUGCUUCACUCUCAGUGCCCUCUACGCUAAACGCAGGAGCUACCUCUUCCUGGGAGGCACACUGAUGUCUGGCCUUUCCCUCCUGUUCCUGAUGUCUGUGAUGAACAUGUUCUUUGGGUCUGUGAUGCUUUUUAAGGCUCACAUGUACCUCGGGCUGCUCAUCAUGUGUGGCUUCGUCCUGUUUGACACCCAGCUCAUCAUCGAGAAAGCAGAAAACGGGGACAAAGACUAUGUUUGGCACUGUGUGGAUUUGUUCCUGGAUUUCAUCACCAUCUUCAGAAAACUGAUGGUCAUCCUCGCCAUGAACGAUAAGGACAAGAGGAAGGAGAAGAAGUAAAGAGCAUUUUGAUGAGCUUAAACAUAAAACAAUCUGUCAAGACAAGGCACAAUUUGCAAACUUUUCACUUUUUGUCUUCAUUUCUUCAAUUAACUCCUAUGUGGUCUUAAAUUAUUGGAGUUUCUUUGAUUUCUAAACUUAAAACAAGGGUUGAAUGUACGUUUACAGUACACUAAUGCUAGUCUCAUUUUGGCUGUGAAUGGAAAAUAGACUAAUGCUGCAGUGAUCAUACUUGGCCUGUAGAGGGGAGUGUUGUCAUAUGAAGGCUCCCAGAAGCUGAUCAGCACUUCAUGUAAGAUUUUCAUAUUACUGUUAUUUAGUGCCAUACAAUAAUUACAGGAUAGGCUCCUUUUUAGUGGGUCAUGUGGAUUUCUGAAACUGAUCGUUUUCUUUGAAGUUAUGUAAUUACAUUCAUUGAUUUGCUUAUUUAUAGUUUUCCUCAGUUCUCUGUAGUGGAGUGUCACAAGAUAUAAUGUCCCAUGAUUUUUGACAACAGAUCCUUUGAUAUUCCCUGUGAUCGUUGCCCAAAACAUUUUGUUGACCAACAUUUUGAGUAAAGGAACGGUGAAGCCUGUCAGAAUCACCGGACUCGCUCCCUCAGAUGGACUUCGAGCAGCUCGGUGGUCAGGAUGUCGAGACUUUGGCAGGUGCAGGAGGAAGAGUGGACGCCAUCUGUCCAUAUUUCCAACAUGGAUAGUAAAGACAGGCAAACUGUUCAAACCACUCCUAUUGUAAAUCUAAAUAUCUGUUGUCUAGGAAUUAGUUUGCCAAAUGAUGUGACGUUAACCUUUUUUGAAAGUGUAUACUGUGAAGAAUUUAUUUUAUUGACGUAAAAUUGAAACUAAUAAUUUGAUACAUUUGCUCAAAUAAAUGUGUUGAACGUA